CUCAUCCCGUCCCCUCUUAUUAGUACUAGUAGUUUUUUCUGAUUCCUACUUAGUAUCUGAUACUCAUAACGAAGCGUGAUUAAAUUCAAAUUCAAGCUGACAAAGUUUACAUUAAUUGAUAAGUCGCUUCCGAACAUGUGCAAUUUAUACCGAAGGAAAAUAGUAGUUACUAAUCACUAAACAUUCCUAACUACCUUUAUUGCGAUAGCCUUUUCGUGUUUCAAUUUAUUUGACACUCUUAUUCCGAACACCUUCACAUAAAAACAUCAUAAUUUACUAUAAUUUUCUAUAAAAAUUGUUCAAAAAAGAAGCCAUAGACAAGCUUGGAAUCAAGUUUUUUGUUGGGUAAAAAUGAUACAAUCUGUUUGUGUUCGAGCUUCAGCUCUGCCAUUGCCACCCAUUGAUUCUCACAGAAAUGCCGCAAUGGCUAACAGUUUUGCAAUUGAUGCUCAAAAUCUUAGCUAUUCAGUUGUCUCAAAACAAGGAAAAUUACUUCCAAUUCUUAAAGAUUGUUCACUACAAGUUCCUUCUGGACAAUUCUGGAUGCUUUUGGGACCUAAUGGUUGUGGAAAAUCAACCCUUUUAAAGAUAUUAGCAGGUCUAUUGAGUCCAGAUGAUGGUUUCUUGUAUGUGGAGAGGCCAAGGAGCUUUGUGUAUCAGAAUCCUGAUCAUCAGGUCGUGAUGCCAACAGUGGAAGCUGAUGUCGCUUUUGGUCUUGGUAAAUUGAACUUAACACCAAAUGAGAUUAAGACUAGGGUGGCAAAAGCUUUGGAUGCAGUUGGGAUGUAUGAAUAUUUGAAAAAACCAGUUCAUACUCUAAGUGGUGGCCAAAAACAAAGGGUUGCUACGGCUGGUGCUUUGGCGGAAGCUUGCAAAGUUUUGUUACUUGAUGAACUGACUACUUUUUUGGAUGAAACUGAUCAGAUUGGAGUGAUAAAAGCAAUGAGAAACUCCAUGGAUACAUCUCAAGGAAUUACUGCAUUGUGGGUAACUCAUCGCUUGGAAGAACUCGAGUUUGCAGAUGGUGCAGUGUACAUGGAAGAUGGAAGAAUUGUUCGACAAGGUGAUGCAACUAGUAUAAGGAAAUUCAUUGAAGAUAAACUGACAUCUUAUGUCAACCAAAUAAACUUGUAACCACUUUUCCUCAAUGAAUCCUGUACGUGCUGAUGCGGAUCCAGAAUUUGAACAUUAAGCGUUCAAGUUCAAGAUUUUACCACAUCACAUUUGAUUUACAGUAUCGAAAUCUGUUAUUUGUAUCUAUUUCAGUGAGCUUUUACCAGAUAUACAGUGAUCGAGUCAAAGUUACUUGGUUCACGUGAAUCUGUAAGUCAUACUCUAUAUCCAACCAUGUGUACACCAAAAGAAAGUGUAUCUAUAAUCUUAGCUAUAUACACAUUUAGAAGUAAAAAAAAACUCUCACACUUCUUUUGA